CCACUCUUCUGUCUAUUUAAUGUCAGUAAGCAUCUAAAGAAAUGAGCUCAUCAAGUGGGAUCUUAGGUUCAAUUCAGCUGAAUUCCAUCAGCCAGCAUCAUCAAAUUCACAUUCCUAGUGCUUCACACAGUAACUCACCACAACCACGACCAUUAAACCUACCUCGUCAAGAUCUACUCGAUGAUGGAAGAAGAGAAGAAUUCCUUGAAAUCUGUUUUCCCCUCUACAAAGCAUCAAUGGCGGGUGAUUGGGAAAAUGCUAAAGACAUUUUAGACAAACGUCAAGAGCUGGUAAGGUUUAGCAUCAAUAGAAACAAUGAAACAGCACUUCACGUUGCAGCGUAUAAAGGAAACACCUUUUUUGUGGAAAAUCUGGUGAGGUUGAUGGAAAACGAGGACUUGGAGCUUCAGAAUAGCAGUUCCAACACUGCUCUAUGUUUAGCAGCUGUAGCUGGACAUGUUAAAGUGGCUGAGAUUCUGGUUAACAAGCACAAGGCCUUGAUCGAUAUCACUGGUUGUCAAGAAAAGAUGCCACUUUACAUGGCAGCUUUAUCGGGAAAGAAAGCUAUGGUGAAGUAUUUGUAUAAAAAUUCUGAAAGAAUGACUAGCGGUUUUUGGACAGAUGAGAGUCGGGGACGUGUUCUCUUGGCAUGUGUUGAGGCUGAGCUAUUUGGUUCUCAAUAUGCAAAAAAUUCCAUUAUUAUUCACUUUUCUUCCACUAGUCAUCAUGUUACCGUAUUAACCAAAUAUCAACUACUAGUAGAUGUCGCGCUACAAAUAGUGAAAGAUCGUCCAGAACUUGCCGUGAGCGAAAGAAGUCUACUUGGAGUUCUAGCACGGAACUCUGGUGCAUUUAGGAAACAAUAUAAUUUGAUCCAAAGAAUUGGUAAGAAUCUCUACUCCUUGAUUGGAUUUUCUUGGUAA